AUGCUUUUGAACAAACUUCUCAUCGGAAAUCUCGUGAGUUUCAGUGUGGAAUGACGGGCCGACGCUCGAAUGCCGUUCAGAUGAUCGGGUUCACCGUCCUGCUGCAAGGACUCAUUCCCCUCGGAUACGUGUCCGAUCAGGCCAGCUUCUGGAUGUACAUCGCCGCCAUUAUGUUCCUCGUUCUCGCCGUUAUCGCUUUCGGCGCCCUCCUCUUCAUGGGCCGAUCUCGUUGUAUUCUGACGAUGGGACAGAUGAAAGUGAGCGCGAAUCCGAACGAAUCGAUCGAAUUUAUUCACAUUUUCAGUUGGCCAUUUACCACUCUCCGACUGCCGGAUUCUCCCUUUUCUCGCUCAUUUUUUUUAUAAGUUACGCGUUCGUCGCAGAAGUUUCCGUGGGAAAUGCGGCCAUCCAAAACGCGAUUCUUCUGCUCGUCGUCAGUUUGUUCUCCUUUAGGUCCCUUCCGAUCAAAUGCGUUUUCAGACGGCCUCCGGAUUCUUGCUGUUCACUUCUAUCAUCAUUGUUUUCCUCGCCUUCCGAACGAAGUACGAAAUUGCGGCGGGGGAAAGUCCUGAUGAAUGA